AUGAAACUACGGUCUCAAUCCAAGGCCGCGCAGCCCACUUUUCGAUGGGCAAGCCUUCCGCAAGAGCUGCGACUCACGAUAUUGGAAAUGCUGCAGAGCCUGGUUCUGUCUUACAGAAAGCAGCCCAUGGCAAAUUGGGCUUCUGUUUCAAAAGAAUGGCAAGGCUUCUUUGAACCAUUGCUUUGGCGGACAUUGACCUUUCGGCCCUCAAGUUCAAAAUCAGGAUUCCAAGGGUUUCGUCGAUUUAUCAAGGACUCGAAUUACCGAAAAACUUUGGUCAAGAAAAUCUCAUUCACUGUCAAUAUGAGCAAAUUCAGUUGUGGACGCUAUGGUAAAGUCACCAGAGACGUCUUACUUCAUGUUCAUAUGAGUUCUUACCCUUGUGGUCGAUGUGGUCAGACGACUUCUAGCUUAGCCAUCAUCUUGGACAACGUGAAGAGGUUUUCAGAAAACACGAAGAGACUCUUAUCCAUUCUACAUGAUUGGACCGAAGAGACUGCAACCUCUGGCAUCGCGCUUGAGCUUGGUGCCACUUGGCCUGGCGAUGACGAUACUCAGUACCCGUUUGGAGACUGUCGUACUCGUUGUCGUGCACACUUAAUGCCCCAUAUCAGCUGGUCCAGCUUUAUUGGUCUUGAUCGACAUUCAUCCCUUCGGAACGCUCCUAUCAUCACUUCGCUUUUCAUCAAGCAGUCUCUGCCUUCCAGCCUUUUGGCUUGGACAGUAUUCCAGAUUGUCGACCAUUUGCCCCGUCUCGAGCAGAUCAAUUGCGAGCACCGACUCGAACUCGAGCCCAGCGAACACGACCUACAUCAUAGCGCAAAUUCGGCUAUUUUCAGUUUACGUGGUCAGAUGCGGAGAGUAUCUUUAUGGGUGGCUCGCUCACAAUCUGGGGCACCAAAAAUACCUCACGAUCCCGGCACAGCUGCGACGCGGGCUGCUUUUCAAGUCAAAGAACUGGCAGUUUCGCAAGCUUCAGAAGCAAAACAGUUUUUCCAGCUCCUCAACUCCCAAGUCUUAUCAAAUCCAGAACAGAUAUCACUUGAGUAUCUGGCUCACACCUGUAGUCUCAGACGACUAUAUUCUCAGCCGGCGGAGAUUGCGAAUCUGCUUUUGCUUGCAAGCACCGCGGCCAAAAACAUGCCCCAUCUAAAAGUCAUGGAAGUAUGGAGCCCCGGCGUUGGAGAAGGCUUCUUUUUUCGAUAUGAGGCUAAGGAAAGCGAGGUCAGGCUCACGGUGGCUGCUACUUGGCGAAUUCGAACCGACCUUCGGCAGGCUAUUCAGGCAUGGCAACAGGUUGCGGAACGACACGCAGAUCGGUAUUUUGCAUACUCUGUCGAGAAAAUCGAUCCCAGGAUCUUGACUGAGACGGACAGCAUCUGCAAACAACUGAAAUUGUUUCACCUACUGCGAGAUUGGGACCGUAAUUAA